AAUAAACAUUCGUCUAAAAUUUUACUAUAUCACUGUAAAAUUUCGAACUAGCUCUUCUUGUAACGGGAAAUCGUUUUAUCCACCAUGUAAUACGGGUCUGAUUUAAAAUAUAAGAACUUCCCCGACUACCAUGAAGUUACUGAAGUUAAUUAAAUCGUUUGUUGAGAUUAUGUAUCGGUUCUAAUGGUGGAUUCAAUACGCGAGAGGCUUUCGUUAAAGUUCACGUUCCAACUGAUCAAAUUUGCAACUAUUUGAGCACAAUGGAAGGAAACCAAGACCCCGUAGGAGAUGCUACUGAAGAUGAACUUUCACCAAAGAGCAAUUCGUUUAUAAACGAUCUUUUAUAUCGGCUUGAACAACAAAAUAGGCAACUUGAAAAUGAUGAACGAGCUAUGCUUGGAUUAACACCUACAAAGAAUAACAAUGUUGAUGUAAAGCUUCCCUCAGAGUCAGCUGAAAGUACUGACUCUCUCUCUGAUAUAUCAUCUGUUGAUGGCCUGACUGAUAACUUGGAGAACUAUGAUGGGUUUGACUAUGCCUCAUUUCAAGUGUGGGGUGAGAUUAUCCGAGACUGGGAAGAAAAUAUGAAGAGGCGGCCAAAAUUCAUAAGAGACUUAACACACAAGGGAAUUCCUGAAGCGAUGAGGUGUAUUGUGUGGCAAUAUUUUACUGGGGCAUGGGAGUCCUCACUUGUUGGAAAAUAUGCUGAUCUGAUCCAGCAACAAUCUGCAUGUGAAAGAAUGAUAAAACGUGAUAUAGCAAGAACGUUUCCAGAGCAUCCACGGUUUCAACAAGAGGAUGGCCAGGGACAACUAGGGCUGUAUAACGUUAUAAAGGCUUAUUCAGUCUACGACAGAGCAGUUGGUUAUUGUCAAGGAAGUAUGUUUAUUGCUGGCAUGUUACUAAUGAAGAUGCCCGAGGAAGAGACAUUUUGUGUGUUUGUAAAACUAAUGGAAGACUACGGAAUGCGAGAAUUAUACAAACCCAAUAUGUCAGAACUAGGAUUGUGUAUUUACCAAUUAGAAAAUCUAGUCCAGGAACUAUUACCAGAGCUGCAUGGUCAUUUUAAAGCCCAGGGUUUUCACACGGCCAUGUAUGCCUCAUCCUGGUUUCUUACGCUAUUUUCUUCCGUCUUUCCUCUGAACGUUGCGUUUAGAAUCAUGGAUAUGUUCAUUUGCGAUGGCCGUGACAUAUUGUUCAGACUCUCUCUGGCAAUCCUCACACUAAGUAUAAAUGAACUUUUAAAGUGUGACAUGGAAGAAAUUCUGCAGCACUUCCAGAAAACCAUGCCAGAAAAAUACUCCGACAAUUUCGAUGUGGUCGUUGAGGAAGCUGACAGGAUUAAAAUAACUUUAAAAAAAAUGAAAAGAAUCGAGAGGGAGUACACUCGAACGAAAUCUAAAGAAGUUGAAGAUAGUGAGGAAAUUCGAAGAUUAAAAACAGAGAAAAGUAUUUUACGACAUCGUCUUGACAAACUUGAAGAUGAAUGUGCAGCAUUAGCGAACAAGUUAGUUCAGGAUCAAGUAACGAGGGCUCAAGAGCAAGAAGAAAUGUACAUAAUUAAAAGAGAGUUAUCAAUAUUAAAUAAGCGAUUUGAAAAGAUGAAAAUUGAGCUAGAAAGAUCUAUGGAGAGGGAAAAUGAAUUACUUAAAUACAAGGCGAUGGUGGAAGAAGAAGCUGAUAAACAAUCAACAAAUCACAUGAUGGUUAAUCCCACUGAAUUAGAGCCAAGUUAAUAUAUAUUAAAUCUAAAUUGUUUCCAGGGGGGAGGCGAGUUUCCAGGCGCGAAAAAGGCAGUUUUGUAAAAUAAUGGUUUUGUUGUGUUGUUAAAAUUAUCUGGCUUCCAUGCUAGCUUAAUUGAGUAGCUUCCAUGACAAAGGGACUCAUUGCUCGACUUCUCGUGAAAUUAUUCCAGUCUUAUAUUCAAUUAUGAUAAAUAGAUUACGUGGAUUAGAGAUUCAACGAAGUUUCCAUGUACAAUCUAUUGUCACUUAACUAACCAACAAAUCAUUUAAAUUUAUUUAAACAUGGAUUAAUCGAGAUUAAUACACUGGCGAUAGACAAACUAAGUUAACUAACCGCAUGCAUGAGAGCCGAGAUGCAAAAAAAAGAAAAAACAUUUUUUUAAUUCCAUUUUCUAAACCUGCUUCUGGCAAUGCCAUCAAUUGAGCUAGUUCGAGCUAUUUUGUGAGAAAAAGAAUUUUCUACGAAUAUUUAAGAAUGAUUUUAUAAUAUUUUAGAAGUAUAUAUGAAGAAUAUAUGAACAACAGUUGAAAAGAUGUUCCGAAAAUCUUUAACUUAUUGAUUAUAGGUUAUAACAGAGUGCAUUGAACUUGUAAAUAUUUAUUGCCAUUUUCAAGAAAAAGUGCAUGAACUACUGUCUUCCAUUGACCGGGUUGCCAUAUAAGAGGGGUUAUCAUGCAUAACCUUUUUGAAAAUUGAAACAAAUGGCGCUUCCUUUAAGCAGCCAAAAUGGUUAAACUGGUCAUUUUUAGAAUUGAGUUUUUCGUUAAAAGCGAUCAAACUGCACUACCCGUGCUAGGCAGAGGUAAAUAACAUUAUACUUGAAUGCAGAGUUCUUGAAAUCCUCUUAACUCUCUAAAAUACCAGUGAUCUGUCUGUACAGAGAUUCAAAAGGACCGGUCUGGCCGUUUUUAUCGUACAAAGGAAAGCGGCAAAAAACCUUCUGUAACAAUAAUUGACUUGUUUAUUAAUCUGGCAACCCUGUCCAUAUUGUGGUCAAAGUUUUAAAAUACGUUGAGAGCAUACAUUGAGAGUAAUAUUUCUUUGCAAAUAGUGAUUGAUAUUUUUCUAUUAAAAAAAAGUCUUCGUUGGAAAGAGAAAUUUUUGUAU